AUGUCAAGCCAGCCAUUUUCCUUCCCUCCUCCGCCUCCACCUCCUCCCAAGCGAUCGGAAGGCGCUUACCAGCAGAACCAAACCUUUCAGAACGGCCGAGGCUUAUUUCGAGGCGGUCGUUCUUACAGAGGACAUGCAAGAGGGGGCCGUGGAGGAUAUGGAAGCAAUCGUCCAGGACCGACUCCAUCGUCCACAGCGUACGGUCAGAAUCGGCUACAGAAACCGUUGAAUAAUGGUGCACAAAGGGGGAACUUUCUCAAUGGUCCCCAGAAGCGGGAUCACAGUACUGCAUUUGCCCCAGGGCAUCAGCAUCGCCCGCGUCCUACAGCUGCGCCCGCGGUACCUAGCUUUAAUGCCUCGAUCGAACACCUGCUGGCGCGCGGACCAUCCGUCGAUCAAAAUAGCCAGAAACCACCCGAGCCCCACAAAGUAGAGCCCAGGAAACAUAAUGUUCUCGGAUUGACUCCUGCAAAGUUUGACCGAGAUUCCGAUCCAGAAGACGACGAAGAUGAAGAACAGCGCCUGGCGAACAAAGCGUCAUCGGGCGUGGGUGGUUACAUAUUCGAAUACAACGGAAAUCCUCUCGCUCUACGGACUCGACAAGAGAUAUUGACUUGGCUUGCGGAAAGGAAACGGCGCUACCCAACACAAGCAAGGGUAGCGGUGGCAAAGAAGGAGGCGGAAGAGAAGAAGCGAAAACGGGAGGAGGAACAGAAGGCGAAACGGGAGGCUAGGGAAGAAGUUCAGGCCAAAAGAGAGCAAGAAAGAGCCGAAAGACUCAAAGCCAUCGCAAAAGCGAAACAGCGACAAGAACAAGACCGGAUCUUGCAGAGUGGCGAGGAGACCGCAAAUACAGAUAAUGUUGCCGCUCGGGCAAAAUUAAAGGCUGACAAGCUACGAAAGAGAGCUCUCAAAGCGCAAUUGGAGUUGGAAAGAGCGGAAGAAGCAUUGCGGCUUGCCGAGAUGAAGGAGGUCACAUUGAAAUCCUCGAGUAGCGCCACGAUACCCAGUCCACAUCCUACCACCGAAGCCGUCGACGUCUCGGCCAACUCGGAUGCCACAGACUCAGAUGCCACUUCAUCCUCUGGUUCGUCCACGAGUUCUGGUUCAGAUUCCGACACAGAUUGCGGUGCUAGGUCUGAUUCAGAUUCGAUUCCUGAAGUAACGAGCGCCAAACAGGCGUCUCGUGCUCAGGCGUCUCUUCCGCCGGCAUCACGGUCUGCAAGACCUCAAGCACCCCAACUCUGCAAACACUUUGUUAAGUACAAAACUUGCAAAUGGGGGUCAAGCUGUCGCUAUUCGCAUGACACGACUCGAAAGGGCGGCAGAAGCGACCCUGUGGCACCCACGAGUCAGCAUAAACACCCUACAACCACUGCUGCCGGCAACGUGAGGAGGAAAGGAUUGUGGCAGGUCAUGGUGGAUCAGGAGCGAGAAGAGAGUAGGAAGCGCCUGCUAGGUGCCAUCGUAGCCCUGGGAGAAAGGGGACUGCUUGGGAGUCCGUCACAGAAGGUAGACGGCACUGGAUAG